CUCCAUUAUUUUCUUCUCCUCCCCCAAUUUGGCCUCCAUUGAUCAAUUUCAUGGCCCGCCUCCUCUGUUCGGCGCGGCCGAACGACGGCGUUUUCCGCGAGGAUCGACCCCGCCCUUCGCCGCCCUCGCCGUCAUUGCCGACCUCCAACCCCGAUCCCUCCUCCAGAGCCCCUGAGUCUUGGGCCGGAGCCGAGCAGGCGACCCAGGAGAUAGUCUCAAAGAUUCAGCCUACUCUGGCGGCCCACCAGACGAGGACGGAGGUCAUUCAAUUUGUGCAGAACCUCAUCACAUGUAACGUCAGGUGUCAGGUUUUUCCUUAUGGGUCAGUUCCAUUGAAAACGUAUCUGCCUGAUGGAGAUAUUGAUAUGACGGCAUUUGGCAGUGCAAAUAUUGAUAAAGUCUUUGCAACUGAUGUCUAUGCAAUUAUGAAGGGAGAGGAGAACAACGAAGCUUCUCCGUUUCAUGUGAAAGAUGUACAUUACAUUGAUGCAGAGGUUAAGCUUGUGAAGUGCAUUAUACAAAAUAUAGUUGUAGAUAUAUCCUCCAAUCAGUUAGGAGGAUUUAGUACUCUGCACUUUCUUGAACAGGUUGAUAAUUAUAUUGGCAAAAAUCACCUCUUCAAGCGGAGUAUUAUUCUGAUUAAAGCCUGGUGCUACUAUGAGAGUCGUAUUCUUGGGGCCCAUCAUGGUUUGAUUUCAACAUAUGCUUUGGAAAUAUUAAUCCUAUAUGUUUUCCAUUUUUUCCAUUCAUCACUGGAUGGCCCUCUGGCAGUCCUUUAUAGAUUUUUGGAUUACUUCAGCAAAUUUGACUGGGAGAACUAUUGUAUAAGUUUAAACGGACCAGUAUGCAAAUCAUCCUUGCCUGAUAUAGUGGCUAAGGCACCCGAAAGCGGGAGAGUUGAUCUACUGCUGAGUGAAGAAUUUAUUAGAAAUUGUGUGGAAAUGUUCUCUGUUCCAGCAAAGGGGUAUGAGACAAACUUGCGAGCUUUUUCCCUGAAGCAUCUUAAUAUAAUAGAUCCACUAAAGCAGGACAACAACCUUGGGCGAAGUGUCAGCAGAAGUAACUUCUAUCGAAUAUGCAGUGCUUUUAAACAUGGAGCUCGCAAGCUUGGUUGGAUUCUUUCAUUACCAGGGGAAUGCAUAGCAGAUGAGCUGCCCAAGUUUUUUGUAAAUACUUUGGAUAGACAUGGAAGCAAUGGUCAGACUAAUGUGCACAAUAAUGCCUUGUCUGGAAGUUCUGAAUCUUUGAACGUUUUGUUGGAGCUUGGUGGAGAUUUCGACAGUCAUGGAAUGAACCUGCAAUAUGGCCCCUUUUUCCCUGGAUCUGCUCCAUUACCUCCUUUAUUUCCCAGUCUUCCCUUGUCACCUCAGCUAUGGAAAGAGAACCGAUGGGGAGGUAUGUCUGAAGCCCUUCAUUUCCAUCAGAAUGCUAAUUCUCAAACUAACGUACAUGGUGUUGACUGGGGAGCACAUGCGUACCAUGCAAAUGAUUCCACUUUCUCCGUUGCUGCUUUCAGAGGAGAGAAAAGGAAACCCCGAGGGACUGGAACGUACAUCCCAAAUCCGUCUUUUCAGAAUUACCGUCCCUUAAAGGAUAGGUUGCCUGGAAGGGGAAGGAAACAGGCACCAGGAACUUGUUUUCCAUUUCAGAGACACGCCUUUGGUUAUGGCUUCACUGUAGCUCCUCAACAGUCAGUCUCACCUAGAGAAUGAUGCUGAGAGCUCUCAGAAGCGGAGUACGUAGUUUUAAGUCAUGGAAACUCCAACAUUAGAUUACCAUUAACCUCACAUGCCUUUUUGGGAGCCUUUUCAUGACAACAGUUUCUCCAACUUGCAAGCGAAACUCGACUCUAGAUCCUCAUCCCUUCAGUUAAGGGAGGGAGGCACCCGUGCCAGAAUUGAAUCAUCAAGCAGAGUUGUUUGGAGCCGAUGAGGAGAGGUAGUUUGAUUUGGUAAUUUGAAGUAGUCCUGCACAAUAGCUUUCUUCAAAAGCUAAAGUUCUCUUGUUGAUGUCCACCACUCACCCCUCGAGUGCCAUUGAAGGAAGGAUUAUGCAUCGGAGAAUGAAGACGCUUAUGACGGUAGGUGCUAAUACACUAGACCGAGCUUCCGGGAAGGCUUGUUGCUCUCAGCCUCGAUAUCCUUGGGGACCUCUGUUGUUGGUAGUUUCGAUGUAGAAUGCACAUGUUGUACAUGCUGGUUCCUUUUCUUUUCCGUUUCAUAUCUAUGCGCACAUUUGUGCGCCUUCAUUGGGUUGGGUGGAUGUUGUAUAUACGGGGCAAAGUUUGCCCCUCGGCUUGUCAUUCCCUCCCAAAUUUUCUGGUUCUAAACACACUACUGAGAAACCUUUGUCAGGUAUUUCGGCUAGAACUGGUUAGCAUACACAUGAUGAGAUAUAUAAAUGUAACCAGGAAAGUUUUGGUUAUGUUUAGGAUUUUUUUCGGUCGAAUGUUACUAUGAAUUGAUGAAAGUUUAUUUUGGUCAA